GUUUUGUACAUGAGAGUGCAUAACCACUCGAAAAUUCUGUUUGAAGUAACAGAGAGGACGUGACUCGAGGAUUGACAAUCAUGGCUGAUCCUAACCCCUAUUGUAAUCUCCUCAAGCCAAUCUCGGUCUCAGGUAAAAAUCGUCGGUACUACGAUGUGGGAGCCUUUGGUGAAAAAUAUGAUCGUUUACCCUUCUCGAUAAGAGUGCUCCUGGAGAGUGCAGUGAGAAACUGCGACGAAUUUCAAGUGAAGAAGAAAGACGUGGAGAAAAUCCUGGAAUGGGAGAGCCAUCAGGCGAAGGAGGAGAGUGUCGAGGUGGCCUUCAAACCCGCCAGGGUCAUCCUCCAGGAUUUAACUGGGGUCCCAGCUGUCGUGGAUUUCGCUGCGAUGAGGGAUUCUGUCAAGGAACUGGGAGGAAACCCUGAUAAAAUCAAUCCCAUCUGUCCUUCUGAUUUAGUUAUCGAUCAUUCGAUUCAAGUGGACUUCGUUCGCAGUGACAACGCCCUGAAGAAAAAUGAAGAAUUAGAGUUUGAAAGGAACAAGGAACGUUUCAUAUUCCUGAAAUGGGGAGCCAAAGCCCUCCAAAAUAUGCUGAUUGUCCCCCCAGGAAGUGGAAUCGUGCAUCAAGUGAACCUUGAGUACCUAGCCAGAGUAGUUUUCGAUAAAGAUGAAUUGUUGUACCCUGACAGUGUCGUUGGCACUGACUCUCACACUACGAUGAUCAAUGGACUGGGAAUUCUGGGGUGGGGUGUUGGAGGGAUCGAGGCCGAGGCUGUCAUGCUGGGUCAAGCUGUCUCCAUGCUUCUGCCUAAGGUCAUUGGUUACAAACUCGUGGGGACUUUGAAUCAAUACGUCACAUCGACUGAUCUUGUGUUGACUAUUACGAAGAAUCUGAGGCAGUUGGGAGUUGUUGGGAAAUUCGUGGAAUUCUAUGGACCUGGAGUUGCUGAGUUGAGCAUUGCUGAUAGAGCCACUAUCUCGAACAUGUGCCCAGAGUAUGGCGCCACUGUGGGCUUUUUCCCGGUUGAUAGACAAAGUUUGGGGUAUUUGAGACAAACCGGUCGAACCGAAGAGCACAUUGAGCGCAUAGAGAAAUACCUGGAAGCCGUCCGAAUGCUCCGUGACUACAACAAUGAAUCCCAGGACCCCAUAUUCUCCGAAACAGUAACCUUGGACUUGGGAACAGUAGUGUCCAGCGUCAGUGGGCCCAAGAGGCCCCACGACCGCGUCUCAGUCUCUGAAAUGAAAUCAGAUUUCAACAGCUGCCUCACAAACAAGAUCGGCUUCAAGGGCUACGGUCUCACCCCGGAGAAGACAAAGGUCGAGGGCAUAUUUCAAUUCGAGGGUAAGGACUACAAACUGCGUCACGGAUCGGUAGUGAUUGCCGCAAUCACCAGCUGUACAAAUACGAGCAAUCCGAGUGUGAUGCUUGGUGCAGGUCUUCUCGCGAAGAAAGCAGUCGCGGCGGGCUUAACCGUAGCCCCGUACAUCAAGACAUCCCUUUCCCCUGGCUCUGGGGUGGUCACUUACUACCUGAAGGAGAGCGGUGUCAUCCCCCCGCUGACUCAGCUCGGCUUCGACGUUGUGGGAUAUGGCUGUAUGACUUGUAUUGGCAACAGCGGACCGCUGGACGACUCUAUUGUUGAUGCUAUUGAGAAGAACGAAUUAGUCUGUUGUGGCGUCCUCUCCGGCAAUCGUAACUUCGAGGGAAGAAUUCAUCCCAGCACGAGGGCUAAUUACCUGGCGUCACCUCUCCUCGUAAUUGCAUACGCAAUUGCAGGUACAGUGGACAUUGAUUUCGAGAAGGAGCCACUGGGGAGGAGGAUCGACGGUCGUGAGAUUUUCCUCCACGAUAUUUGGCCCACGAGGGCUGAGAUUCAAGCAGUGGAGCAGCAGUACGUCAUCCCAGCCAUGUUCAAGAGUGUCUACGAGAGGAUUGAGCAGGGCAGCCCACGAUGGGCCUGUCUCGCCGCUCCUGAGGGACAAUUAUACCCUUGGGAUCCCAAUUCUACUUAUAUUAAACAUCCACCUUACUUCGAUGGACUACAGAAGCAAUUGCCUGAGAUCAAAGCGAUACGAGGUGCAAGGGUACUUUUAAAUCUUGGAGACUCUGUGACAACUGAUCACAUCAGUCCAGCUGGAAGUAUCGCUCGCAAUUCACCUGCCGCGAGAUAUUUAGCUUCAAGGGGCCUCACACCAAAAGAAUUCAAUUCCUAUGGCGCACGUCGUGGCAAUGACGCCGUAAUGAUGCGUGGAACAUUCGCAAACAUUCGUCUAGUGAAUAAAUUCGUCGGCAAACCAGGCGCAAGGACCCUCUACAUUCCCACCAACGAAGAGAUGGAUAUUUACGAUGCUGCCGAGAAAUACGGGAGGGAUAAAACCCCCCUAAUAGCGCUGGUCGGCAAGGAAUAUGGCUCAGGCUCCUCCCGGGAUUGGGCGGCAAAAGGACCCUAUCUUCUCGGAAUUCGUGCAAUAAUCGCCGAGUCCUACGAGCGCAUUCACAGGUCAAAUUUAGUUGGGAUGGGCAUUGUUCCAUUGCAAUAUUUACCAGGUCAAACGGCUGAGACACUUGGCCUCACUGGUUUUGAAUUAUUUGACAUCGACAUUCCACAGAAUUGUCAACCACAUCAGAAAAUAACUGUGCGCACUGACGCGGGAAAAAAUUUCGAUGUCAUUGUACGUUUCGACACUGAAGUGGAUUUGACUUAUUUCAAACACGGCGGCAUUCUUAAUUACAUGAUUCGAUCGAUGAUUUGAGGGGAAAUUCGUUAUUCUCGAUGACACGAUAAUAUUGUUUGUUUUUUACUUUUCUAGAGGGCGAAGGAGAAAUUUGCCAAGUUGUUGGGUGAAACGUUUUUAUUAAUUCCGAAAUUAAGCAUAGGUAAUGGAGGAGAAUUUUUUAUGUGGGCAGAGGUGGGCAAACUACUAUUUCAAAUCAUUCAUCGAAUUUUUUGAGUUUUUAAAAUUUUAUUGUUGGGAACAUCUUUUAUCAACGAGAAACAACAAGCUAAUUACCACACGACGUAUUAUUGGCUUUUAACUAUUUCAUGUAGACUUAAGUAGUGAAAUAGUAAAAUAAAUUAGUCAAUACUAUUUUAUUUUACGUUGCGAAUUAAUGAAAUAUUUUUAUUAAUUCGCAAAUUGUCUCGAUAAUUGGGGGCUUCAGAGCAAAAUGUCAAUAGAACAUUUUUUUAGAAAACAAACUUGGGCCCAAAAAAGUCUCAUGACAUGCUUACAAUCAUUCAUUCUGAAAACAAUUCCGUAAUUAAAAAAUUUCGAUGAAUCGAGAGUUUAAACAAUAUAGCACGUGUGAGGAAAAAGAGAACGAAAAUAAAAGAGUAGUCAGCAAGGUGUUUGACCUUCGAGUUGAAUCACCUCGUUCUGCCAAUGUCGCAAGUUCCUCUAUCGUUUAUCGAAACAUUCAUUGUUAUAUUUAAUCUAGGGUUUUAAUGCAUUUUCAUCAAUUUCGAAAGAAAAUGAGAGUUUUAUUGUUUCAUGGGAAAUUUUACUGUUUUGUACACGAAUGGUCAUUUAAUGGCUAAGAGAUGAAGAGUGUACAGUUUAAACUAUUUAAAAUGUAUUUUUAAUGAUACUUUAAUUAUCCCCCAGCCUUUUUAAAAUCAUUUGAGGAUUUCGCGAUAAUCUCUGGAGCGAUUAUUGGCCCCAGAAAAUGUGAAUUCUACUAAUUGUCUGUCUGUCGCGCCGACUAAGUGAGUGCUGUCGAAUGAUAUGCUGUAGACGGGACUCGAGGUCCGUCGGGAAUUCAUGAAGUAAAGUUGAACGUAAUGAGGCAGUCGCUGGUCCCAGAGAACAGCUUUCCCAUUGUAUUGGGUUCCUGUGAUCAUUGUGUGUUUAAAAUCCGAGGCUAUGCAGUAUAUCGUUGCAUCGGUAGGAUCUGCCCAGGAGGCAACACAUGUUCCAGUUCUAAAAAAUAAUUAUCAUUUUUUAAUUAAUAAAAACGUAAAUUAAUAAUGAAGUGAUGAGACGAGAGUAUUUAAUUGGAUAGUUUUUUGUUAUAUCGAGAAUUGAGAGAUGUAAAAUAAUUGUACGAAAAUUUAGAUAUAACUUUUGGACAAAAAAACUUAAACCCUAGUAAAAAUUAUUCGUCUUGUUUCACUAAUUAUUUGAAAUUCUCAGAGUUUAUCUUACUGUACCAAUUAUUCAAAAUUCGUAUUUAUCAUUAAUUAUUAUUGUUUAUUAACUACGUAGAAUGAAUCAAGAAUGAAGAACUGAAUGAAUAGUUCUGAAAAUUAAUCAUCAUUUUUGUAUCUCAAAAAAAAUGAGAAAAUUUCGUGAGGGUUUUUUUGGAAUAAAUAAUUGGGAGAUGUAAAAAAGCCCCUCUUAAAUCACA